AUGGCGGGCACUUGCUCUGCACAGAAUGGUUCUGCGUUUUUAGUUUUUGGAGAUUCUCUGGUUGAGGCAGGAAACAAAUUCUACAUAAAAACAAUUGCAAAGCCAGGGUUUCCUAAUGGUAUUGACUCUGUCAAUGGAACUCCUUCCAGACGAUAUACCCAUGCUAGAACUGCUGCUGACAUUAUUGAAGAGGAAUUGGGCUUUGAAAACUUUGCUCCUCCUUACUUGGAUCCAAAUACUGCUUGGGAUGUGAUUCUGAAAGAUGUCAACUAUGUCUCUACUGGAUUAAGAAUUUUUAAUUCCUCCGGAUCAAUCUUUGCUUUGAAAAUGCAGAUUCUGCUUGCUGUCAGAUGCCGGGGCGGCGGCUGUGCGGCUCUUCCUCUGGUGUUUGUGUAG